UCAAAAUGGCAGCCUAGUGCUCACAACCUGCGCGGUUAUGUCAACAUGUCACUCAUCAGAAUUUGUGCCUUUUCCAAGUGUCUAUACCGUCGUAGUUUAUUCCAAAGAUGCAUUCCUCCGGUGACACAUGUGGACUACUGUCGGUUAUGUUUCGGCAUACGGAACGGCCCAGUAAGGCACAUAUCAGAAACACACUGGUUACAACAAAGACAUUUCUCCCCACUAUUGCCGAGGAAAGAUGAGACAACGACGCGUGUACUUAAACAGACUCAACUACUAGAUGUGCUUGAGGCAAGGAUCCAACAACUGCAGUCAGACGGUAUCCUAGAUAUCCAACAUGUCAACGUGCAAGUACUCAAAGCACCCAAAUCAGGAAAAGGGUCUGGAUCUGGAAAGAGCCCCAAAAGUACGUUGCGUGAGAAAGGGGACCUUGUUAAACCCAAACAGACUCUUACUAAAGGGGCCGCUAAAUCACAGUCGUCCAAAACGCAGCCGAGCCGAUGGCUGCAGAAACUAAGUCAGGAGAAGACCAACAAAAUAAAGCGGGAACAGGUGCUUCAGAAGAAGAACGUCAAGGAGACGCCACCUACGGUCAAGGCGAAGCCCCACAAGGACGUCAAGGAGACGCCAACGACGAAGCCCCAAGCUGGUCUGAUGACUCCGGGUCGAUCGUACAAAACCGUCUCCUCACCCGCAGCCAUGAUAUGGACUUCACCUUCGGUCGAGGGCAGCGAAGGGUCGUCGAAAUGGGCCGAUAAGAUGAGAUCGGCGGCAGCUUUGUCCGCUCACAAAGCAUCCAAAAGGAAAAGCGCGCAGCAGGCUCCGGACGUACAGGCCCAGGGCCAGCCCAGUCCGGAGCUCCUAGCCCAGGCACAGGAGAACGCCGAGGUGGAGGAGCUGGAGAAGAGGCUGAGUCUGGUCAGCGACCUGACGUCCUCCGCCAGCACGGAGCGCCUGCUGGGGGACAGGGAGCCGGCCGUUUGCAGCGACGCCCAGUUCGGCAUCCGCUCGUACCUGGAGGCGUGCGUGUUCUCCGGGGACCUGGAGCGGGCCAACCGCUUCCUGCUCAGCCAGCACCGGAUCCUGAGCCGGCGCAAGCUGCUGGACGUCGGGAUGUACAACACGGUGAUGAGGAUCUGGGCCAAGAAGGGCACACUGAACCAAAUUGGGCGGAUCUUCAUCCUGGUGGAAGAGGCGGGGUUAAAGCCUAACCUGGGGUCCUACUGCGCAGCUCUGGAGUGUAUGGGGCGCUCCGAGAGCUGCCCCCGCGUGGUGAGCAGAUGCCUGAACCACCUGGAGGAAGAGGGCCUCUCCCUGGACAACCUCUUCGGCCAGUUCGUGUUUCGGCAGGACGAGCGUGACAUGGUCCUGAAGGCGGUGUGCUCGGUGAAGCCCGAGUACCGGCCCGUCUCCGACUACCUGACGCCGGACGACCGCCACCCGUCCCUGGUGCAGGACCUCUACCUCCAGAGAGAGGGCCACCACUACCCCAAGCUGGACUUCACCCGGGAGGAGCUGCAGGAGCGCUUCGGCCAGCAGCUGGAGGUGGAGCAGGGCUGCACCGUCACCAUCGACUCCGUGGAGACCGUCAGGCCCAUCACAGAGCACAUAGCCAAUAUGAGGACGCUCCUGGACGAGCUGCGGUCCCAGUGGAGGAAGACCCUCCUCGCGGCGCUGAAGGAGAGGAAGAUGAUCCUGGCCAGCACCAAGAGCCGAGACUACAAGCUCAACCUCUACCCCUACCUCUGCCUUCUGGACGACAAGGAAUACGUGGACAUUAUGAUACAGAGUGUAUCCAACCUGCCCCUGAGCGGAGAGUCCCUGAAGGUCUUGGCCCGGGACCUGGGCAACAGGGUCUACACCAAGUGCUCCAUCCGCCAGAAGGGACAGGACCUGAUGGUGGAGAAGCUGGGCUCCGUCUACAGCGGCUACACCGACCUGCUGGCCAAAGACACCGAGGACUGCUUGGCCCUCCCCAGGGAGCAGUGGCUGAAGCUGGAGGCGGCGAACCCGUCGGGCCCCACCCUGCAGGGGGAGGAGCUCCAGUGGCCCUACAUCGUCAGCGUGGAGCUGGGCACCUACAUGGUGGACCUGAUGGUGAAGAACCUCAAGAUCAACAGCGACAUCCUGAACCCGGCCUACGAGAGGAAGCUCAUCCCCAUCCUCUACCACAUGUACACCUUCCGCAGUACCCGACAGGUGGGCUUCAUCAAGCCCCACCCCCUCCUCACCCAGAUCCAGCAGGACGCCACAGAGACCCGGCUGACCUUUGACUCCUACGUGAUGCCCAUGCUGUGCCCGCCGGUGCCCUGGAUCUCCGCCAAGUACGGCGGCUACCUGCUGUCGCCCACCAAGCUGAUGCGCUCGACGGACGGCGCCACGCAGCACGAGCGGCUGCUGGAGCGCUGCCGCGGCCUGCACCCCGUGCUCGACUCCCUCAACCAGCUGGGCAGCUGCGCCUGGCGGGUGAACGGCCCGCUGCUGGACAUCGUCGUCUCCGUCUUCAACCGGCGCGGCAGCGACAAGCUGGGCGUCCCGCCGCCGCUGUCGGAGGCGCCCAGGGUGCCCCACUUCAACGCCAACGACCCGGCCUUCACCUCGGCCGAGAAGGCCCACAUGAAGAAGGAGGUGGUGAAGGCCAAGAAGAAGUACAGCGAGAUGCACAGCCUGCGCAUGGACGCGCUGUACAAGCUGUCCAUCGCCAGCCACAUGCGGGACAAGAAGUUCUGGUUCCCGCACAACAUGGACUUCCGGGGCCGCACGUACCCGUGCCCGCCGCACUUCAACCACCUGGGCAGCGACGUGACGCGGGCGCUGCUGGUGUUCGCCGAGGGCAAGGCGCUGGGGGCCAAGGGGCUGGACUGGGUGAAGAUCCACCUGGUGAACCUGACGGGGCUGAGGAAGAGGAGCUCGCUGGAGGGCCGGCUGGAGUACGCCAACAGCCUCAUGGAGGAGAUCCUGGACUCUGCGGACAACCCGCUCAACGGGAGGAAGUGGUGGAUGGACGCAGACGAGCCGUGGCAGGCCCUGGGCUGCUGCAUGGAGAUUGCCAACGCGGUGCGCGCCCCCGACCCGGCACAAUACAUCUCCCACUUCCCCGUCCACCAGGACGGAUCCUGCAACGGACUGCAGCACUAUGCUGCGCUCGGCCGCGACGUCAUCGGCGCCACGUCCGUCAACCUCAUGCCCUGCGACGUGCCCCAGGACGUGUACAGUGGGGUGGCCCAGCAGGUGGAGGAGUUCCGGGCGCGCGACGCGGAGAAGGGGCUGAAGAUCGCCCAGGUGCUGGAGGGCUACAUCAGCAGGAAGGUGGUGAAGCAGACGGUGAUGACGCUGGUGUACGGGGUCACGCGCUACGGCGGCCGCCUGCAGAUAGAGAAGAGACUCAAGGAGAUUGAGGAGUUCCCCAAGGAGUAUGUGUGGGAUGCCUCCCAUUACCUGGUGCGUCAGGUGUUCAGCGGGCUGAAGGAGAUGUUCACUGGAACCCGAGAGAUCCAGGACUGGCUCACAGACAGCGCCCGGCUGAUCUCCAAGUCGGGCCGCACGGUGGAGUGGGUGACGCCCCUGGGCCUGCCCAUCAUCCAGCCUUACCACCGCGCACGCAACCAAGUGCUGAAGCACGACAUGCAAGACAUCAACCUGCAGAUCAGCCACGACGACAAAGAGCGGCCGGACACGGUGAAGCAGAAGAACGCCUUUCCCCCAAACUUCAUCCACUCGCUGGACUCCACCCACAUGAUGCUGACCUCUCUGAACUGCUACAGCGCUGGGCUCACAUUCGUCUCGGUUCACGACUGUUUCUGGACCCACGCCGUCACAGUGGACACCAUGAACAAGGUCUGUCGGGAACAGUUUGUCGCUCUGCACAGUCAGCCCAUCCUCCAGGAGCUCUCCAACUUCCUGCUCCUCAAAUACUGCUCGGAGCUGCCGGCCGACGGGAAGAAACAGAAGUACCAGGAGUACCGGAGGCUGAUGCUCAUGCUGGGCAAGGUGCCCCAGACAGGUGACUUUGAUCUGCAGCGUGUGAAGGAGUCCACCUUCUUCUUCAGCUGAGAGGAGACAGUCGGCCCAGUCGUGCGGCAGUAACGGGCAGGAGGGGGGGAAGAGGUGGGGGGGCUCGGCCAGAGCGGGGGCCCUCGCCUCGGUCAGACGUCAGGGAUCGAUCCACCUGCAGCCCGCCCCCCCACGGGGGCCGGACCCCACACACACACACACACACACACACCCUUGAUGGAUACAUGAAGCCUGCGGUGAUGGGCUAAGUAGCUCUGGUUCAGUUUGAGUGAAAGUCUCCGUUCAGCUUGUUGUGCUACCAGCUUGGUUCUAGUGUGUGACAAACCGUCAGUAUGCCAUAUAUUGUAUUCCCUUGUUUAUUUGUGUGUCUGUGUGUGUGUGUGUGUGUCAAUCUCAUCUUUUUACAUCAGAGAAUGGUUCUGAGCAGAAAUUGUGUGCGUGGGUGUGUGUGUGCGUGAGGGUGUGAAUGUAUGUGUGUGGUUGUGAGUGUGGUUGUGUGUGUGUCUGUGUUGGAGAGGAGGCGCCACGGUGUUUUAUAAGAAGCCUUCUCUGCAGGCCUGUGAUCCGCCCUCGCUCAUUUCCAAGUAAUUAUUGAUCCAACAGCUGGACUCACACUGGCAUGUCAACCACAAUCACCUCAGAAGUACGAACGCCACGGAAUAAACCGAAGGAAAGACUUCCGGAAAGACAAUGGGGAGCUCCUGCAGGCGACGGGGUUGCGGAACAUUUUUCUGAUUGUAAUACUCUCCUCAGAGUAUCCCAGCGCUAGGUCCUUUUGCUCAAAUAAAACGUGUUUUUACUA